AUGGCCUCGGAUCGCGGGGUCCCAGAAGCCGGCGUUUUUGGAGAUUUACCCCCGAGUUACACGCGCUCGCAGCCGCCUCACGCCAAUCCGGACCUGCUCCGGAGACCCAGCUACUGUCACGCUGCUUUCGCACUUAAACAAAUCUCAAAGGGGAAGGCGGUAGGUCAGAAAGCUCCUCUGUGGAUCCGGGCGAAGUUCCAGGCCCUCCUGUUCUCUUUGGGCUGCCACAUCCAGAGGCACUGUGGGAAAGUUCUCUUUAUUGGACUUUUAGUAUUCGGGGCUCUGUCCGUGGGGCUCCGGGUGGCGGCCAUCGAAACAGAUAUCGAGCAGCUAUGGGUGGAAGCUGGGAGUCGGGUGAGCCAGGAGCUUAGCUACACCAGGGAGAAGCAGGGGGAGGAGUCUGUGUUCACCUCGCAGAUGCUCAUCCAGACACCCAAAGAAGAGGGCGCCAAUAUUCUUACCCAGGAGGCUUUGCUGGUUCAGCUAGAGGCGGCGCUGUCUGCCAGUAAAGUUCAGGUGUCACUGUUUGGAAAAUCAUGGGAUCUCAACAAAAUAUGCUACAAAUCAGGAGUCCCUAUCAUAGAAAAUAUCAUGAUUGAACGGAUGAUUGACAAGCUGUUUCCUUGCAUGAUAAUCACGCCCUUGGACUGUUUUUGGGAGGGGGCGAAACUGCAAGGAGGCUCCGCCUACUUACCCGGGAUGCCAGAUAUCCAGUGGAUUAAUCUCGAUCCAAUCAAGCUGAUGGAGGAACUGAGUCAGUUUACUUCACUGGAAGGAUUUAAGGAGAUGUUGGACAAAGCACAGGUGGGCCACGCCUACAUGAACAGACCUUGUUUAGAUCCCUCAGACCCUGACUGCCCUCUCAGCGCACCCAACAAGGAGCAAGGACAGAGUCCUGACAUAGCUGGGCGUCUCCAGGGUGGUUGCCAUGGUUUCAGCCGGAAGUUCAUGCACUGGCAGGAGGAGCUGAUCCUAGGAGGGCGCCACAAGAACGCCCAGGAUACUCUGCUCAGCGCCGAGGCUCUUCAAACCAUGUUUCUGUUGAUGAGUCCCAAGCAGCUGUACGAGCACUUUAAAGACGACUACGAGAUACACGACAUUAACUGGAACGAAGACAAAGCUACGGCCAUCCUGGAGUCCUGGCAGAGGAAGUUUGUGGAGGUGGUCCACCAGAGUAUCCCUGCUAACUCCAGCCAGUCCAUCCAUGCUUUCUCCACCACCACCCUCAAUGACAUCAUGAAAUCCUUCUCGGAUGUCAGCGUCAUCAGGGUAGCCGGAGGGUACCUGCUCAUGCUGGCCUAUGCUUGUGUGACCAUGCUAAGGUGGGACUGUGCUAAAUCUCAAGGGGCCGUAGGACUGGCCGGGGUGCUGCUGGUUGCUCUGUCGGUUGCUGCAGGACUGGGUUUGUGCUCACUACUUGGCCUCUCCUUCAAUGCUGCUACUACACAGGUGCUUCCCUUCCUUGCUCUAGGGAUUGGUGUAGAUGACAUGUUUCUGUUGGCACACUCCUUCACAGAGGCUGAAAGUAACAUCCCCUUUAAGGAGCGGACAGGAGACUGUUUGCGCCGCACGGGCACAAGCGUGGCACUGACAUCCGUCAACAACAUGAUCGCCUUCUUUAUGGCCGCCCUGGUGCCCAUCCCUGCCCUCCGAGCUUUCUCUUUGCAGGCUGCCAUCGUGGUUGUGUUCAAUUUCGCCAUGGUACUGCUAAUCUUCCCUGCCAUCCUGAGUCUGGACCUCCACCGUCGCGAAGACAAGCGCCUGGACGUGCUCUGCUGCCUGUACAGUCCCUGCUCUGACCGCGUCAUCCACCUCUCACCGCAUGAGCUGUCGGAUCCUGCCGAGCAGCCGCACACCCCAACUGUGACGACGGCGCAGGCGCACCAGUACGCUGCGGGGUCGACGAUCACCACCAGCACCCAAAUCACCACCACGGUGCAGGCGUUCACACAGUGUGAUGCAGCUGGGCAGCAUAUUGUUACCAUCUUGCCGCCCACGUCUCAGAUUUCCACCAGUCCUCCCUCCAUCAUCAUUUGCUCCACAUCAGAGCCUCAAGCUAUCACACCUUCGCCUCCUACCUCCUCUUCUCCGGACCCUUAUGGAUCACAGCUCUUCACCCCGACCUCCAGUUCCACUCGUAAUCUCCUCGCUCAGGUGGAGGACUCCAAGGUGGGAAAGAAGUGCGUUCCGCUCCCUUUUCUGCACUGGAACCUUUCUAACUUUGCCAGAGAGAAGUAUGCCCCUCUGCUCCUCAAGCCCAAGAGCAAAGCCAUCGUGGUGGUUAUUUUCCUCAGUCUGCUGGGCCUCAGCCUUUAUGGAACCACCAUGGUUCACGAUGGCCUCUACCUGACUGACAUUGUGCCACGUGACACCAAAGAAUACAAUUUUAUCGAUGCCCAGUUCAAGUAUUUCUCCUUCUACAAUAUGUACCUGGUGACGAUGGAUGGGUUUGACUAUGCUCGGUCACAGAGGCUGCUGAUCCAACUCCACAACGCCUUCAACACUAUUAGAUACGUGGUCAGAGAUAGUGACCAGAAACUGCCGCGCAUGUGGUUGCAUUACUUCCAGGACUGGCUCAGAGGUCUUCAGGCUGCUUUUGAUGCUGACUGGCAGGCAGGCAGGAUUACCUCUGAUAGCUAUCGUAACGGCACAGAGGAUGGAGCUCUGGCUUAUAAACUCCUUAUCCAGACCGGCUCCAAGAAAGAGCCUUUUAACUACAGCCAGCUUACUUCACGCCGGUUGGUCGAUGCAGAUGACCUGAUCCCCCCGGAGGUCUUUUAUAUUUUCCUGACGGUUUGGGUCAGUAACGAUCCUUUAGGCUAUGCUGCCUCCCAGGCCAACUUUUACCCCCAUCCCAGAGAGUGGAUUCACGACAAAUACGACACCACGGGGGAGAAUCUGCGCAUCCCGGCUGCGGAGCCCCUAGAGUUUGCUCAGUUUCCCUUCUACCUGAAUGGCCUUCGACAGGCCAGUGACUUUGUGGAGGCCAUUGAGAGCGUGCGGACCAUCUGUGAGGAAUUCAGCCGCAAGGGUGUGUUCAACUAUCCUAAUGGCUACCCCUUCCUCUUCUGGGAGCAGUACAUUGGACUGAGACACUGGUUCCUGUUGUCCAUCAGCGUGGUGCUGGCUUGUACCUUCCUUGUCUGUGCCCUUCUACUUCUGAAUCCCUGGACAGCCGGCAUCAUUGUGUUCAUCUUGGCGAUGAUGACCGUGGAAUUGUUUGGUAUCAUGGGUCUGAUUGGCAUCAAGCUGAGUGCAAUCCCUGUGGUCAUUCUCAUCGCAUCUGUGGGCAUCGGAGUAGAGUUCACCGUUCACAUUGCACUGGGAUUUCUGACAGCAAUUGGCAGCAGGAAUAAGCGUUCAGCUGUGGCUCUGGAACAUAUGUUCGCCCCAGUGGUUGAUGGUGCAAUCUCCACACUGCUCGGUGUACUGAUGCUCGCAGGGUCGGAGUUUGACUUCAUCAUGAGGUAUUUCUUUGCCGUGCUGGCCAUCCUGACUGUACUGGGGAUGUUGAAUGGUUUGGUUCUGCUCCCAGUCCUUCUGUCCCUCAUGGGCCCUCCUGCUGAAGUUACCCCUGCUGAUAACACCAACUCUUUGCCCGCACCAUCGCCGGAACCGCCGCUGCCACCACCCAUGACCCAUCAUGGGUACUACACAAGUCACUGUAACGUCCCAUCGGCUCACCAGCAAGCAUUUUCUGAGUCAUCGGACUCUGAAUAUUACUCUGAGAUAACGACCACCUCAGGAAUCGGAGAAGAGGAUUAUAAAUACUGUGAGCAGAGCGCAUACAUUCCGUCGCACCCCGGCAUUCCUCCAUCUCACAUACUCCUGGAAGCAAGCAAAAACCCCAGCUUCCCCAAACUCAAGGUGGUGAAGCCAUUCAGAGAAAAUGCAACAGGAACUGGUGGACGAAGAGAAACUUUGAGUGAAUCUUCUCACAGCGCAGAAUCCUCGGUAAGCUCCCAGGUUACAUGCUGGGACAGGACCAAGCAGGAACAACAGCAGGGCCUCCCGAGGCUCCAAGCACAGCACGGACAGAAACUGCCCAGCGACGGAACUCACUUUCCUGGGAGGACUUGUCAAAGCGGGCCCAAGCUUCAGGCUGGCAGAGGGCCUCAUCCAAACAGGACUAGAGGAUCAAACGAUUGCAAUAGCAAUUUCACCCUACAGACACAACACGGGUCCUCUGCAGGACCCGUUACCAUGGUCACAGCCACUGCUUCAGUAACUGUGGCCGUUCAUCCAAGUUUGCCCGGGUCAACGUACCAAGGCUACACGCAUGAAGGGUUUGACACGGAUGGUGAGUCAGACUGUUUUGAGGCUGCUAAGAGGACGUUUGACUACAAAACAAGUUUUUCUUCAUGUAAGAGAGACUCUCUAGAGCUCCAAGACUUAGAAGUGACACAAGGCCAGACCGAGCAUCAACUCAGCAAGAUGCAAGGUGGACUGAGGAUGCAGGCAGCUAAAGAUUGCUAGACGCUCUUGCGCCCCCUGCCUUCUCUUUCUUGAAUCUCUGGCUGCUUUCUGAAGCACCUCGAGUACUCGUCGUGUCUCACGGCGGGAUGUCGCAUUUUGUACUUUCCACUGUGCAUAGAUGUCACAGAGUAGGAGAGGACUUAUUCAAGGACAUUAUGAAAAGUGACUCCAUUUAAGAAUUAUAUAAAGCUAUGAAUAUAUAUUUUAAUACUAAAAAAAGAGGGAAGCUAUUUAAGAGUACUGUAUAACUUGGGUAUACUCUUGUGUAAAAGUUGUAAAAGAUUAUUUGUUUCCUGUGGGGUGGUUGAUGUUGUCCCCCCACCCCCCAGUGUAUAGAAUGCGAAAUGUUAUAUGUAAAAUAUUGCCCACAAAAGUGAGAUGUUAUUAAGAUAAUAGGCUAUUGAAAAUACAUGGUCAGUGUUUUUUGUUUUGUUUUUUGCUGCUACACUUCAAAAUAAUUUGAUUUGCCUUAAAAAUAAUGCAGUAUCCCCUCUUCCCCCUCACUCGAGCCAAUAUUUGUUCGCAGUAUUACACUGAGAGAGGG